UGUUUUAAGCAAAGGAGAGAGAGCUGGGAACCAUCCGGAAAGACGGAUAUUCCCUGCCUCAGGACACACCCUCCGCGCUCCCUCUCUCCACUCAUUGUUUCCCACACUGAAUGCGCUGCCGCCGGGCGUCACAGCAGGCUGAGAACAUGACCACCCAGCUUCCCUGCUGAGAAGAGUCAAACCACUCACCUUUCGAGAAUUAAAUCUGCUUUACGCAUUAAUUGGAUGAACGAACACUUUCUUUUUUACCCCCCUCCCAAUCAAUGAAUUGUUCUCUCAACCUCUGAAGACCGCCUGGAGAUGAAGGGAGAGUGCCAGCUAAUAGGGAUGAGAAUUCCAGUCAAGUGAUCGGGCGACAGAUUGGACCCGCAAAGCCUCUUAAACGCACGAGUGUGAAGUCCGCGGGUUUGUUUGGUUCCCAGAGGAAAUCCUCCGUGGACGCGGCGGCAAGGUGGUGAUCAGGUGCGCGUCUGUGCAAGAAGGUGGGUGUGUUCGGGGAUUAGGAGUAUAGAUAGUUAUGGUCUCUGUGAUCUAGACGUCAUGAAGUUGCUUCGUGGGAGUUUGAGGGUUUAAGUCCGGUGAGGAGUAGCAGGGAGGAGGAGAGAGGGCGCAGAGAGGGAGGAGGAGAGCGUCGCCGGAGCGCACAGCACAAUCCCUGAUCCCCUGACGCAGGGAUGGAUAGGUCAAGAGCGCACGCGGGAUCUGGGAGAAGCGGGCGUAAAAGGAGCAUCUGGAAGCAAGACAUGAGUACCGAGGGGCAGCAAGGACAACUCCAGUUGAGGCGGACUAUGCUCUUCCUCGUCGCACUCACCGUGCAGCCGCAGGUGGUGUGUGCCAGGGGGUUGUUUGAGCUUCAGAUCCGCCACUUCCAGAACCCUCACGGACUGCUGCAGAACGGAGAAUGCUGCGAUCUGCAGACCAGCGGGGGACAGCGCUGCUCUUCCAGGGACCAAUGUGACACCUUCUUCCGAGCGUGCCUCAAGGAGUAUCAAGCUCGGGUCGCCUCCUCUGGGGCCUGCACUUUCGGCGUGGGCUAUUCAGGCAUCCUGGGUGGAAACUCCCACUCGCUACAUCACCUGAGACACAGUGAAGGAGGAGGAGGAGAAGGAGAAGAUGGAACUAAUGGACACAUUGUUAUUCCCUUCUCUUAUGCCUGGCCAAAGUCCUUCUCUUUGGUUCUGGAAGCUCUAGAUUCGGACAACGACACAUUAGAAACGGGUCAGCUGAUCGAGCGAGUCCUCCUGUCCUCCAUGUUGAAUCCCGGUGAGCAAUGGCAGCCAUACCGACACCACGGACAGAGUCUCAGCGUGGAGUACUGGCUGCGAUUCAGAUGUGACGCCAAUUACUUUGGACCUUUCUGCAACAAGCUGUGCCGGGCUCGUGACGACUUCUUUAGUCACUUUAGCUGUGACCCCAGUGGGACAAAGGUCUGCAUGGAGGGCUGGACAGGACCAGAGUGCAAUAAAGCAGUGUGUCGGCAGGGGUGCCAUCAGACCCACGGCUCUUGUACUGUCCCCGGAGAAUGCAAGUGUCACUAUGGCUGGAGGGGGCCCCUGUGUGACCAGUGUGUGACGUACCCCGGCUGUGCACAUGGGAGCUGCACAGAGCCUUGGAAGUGUGUGUGUGAUGUCAACUGGGGAGGACUUCUGUGUGACAAAGAUCUGAACUUUUGCGGCACCCACACACCCUGUAAGAAUGGAGGCACCUGCACAAACACGGAACCAAACGAGUAUCAGUGUGAGUGCCCGGAGGGUUUUCGAGGACGCAACUGUGACAUUGUGGAACAUGCAUGCUUGUCCUCUCCAUGUAUGCAUGGGGCCACCUGUGUGGAAGACCUGGAAGGUUUCAGCUGUGUCUGCGCUGAAGGCUGGACAGGACACACCUGCUCAGAAGCGGUGAAGCACUGCGAUCGCAGUCCCUGCGGACGUGGAGCAACGUGUCAGGAUGUUCCUGAGGGUUUCCGGUGUCUGUGUCCACCUGGAUGGACUGGCAGGACGUGUCAGUUGGACACCAAUGAGUGUGAAAAAGGUAUAUGCGUCCACGCCCGGUCAUGCCGAAACCUGAUCGGUGGAUACCUGUGUGACUGCCUCCCUGGAUGGACGGGACAUAAUUGUGACACCAGGAACAGCAGCUGUCAGGGUUUGUGCCUGAAUGGAGGACGUUGUGAGGACCAAGUGUCUGGGUCAAAAUGCUUAUGUCCACCUGGUUUCUCUGGUAAAUUUUGCCAAAACGGUCCAAGUCCAUGUGACAGCGCCCCCUGUCUGAAUGGAGGAUUGUGUGAAGAUAAGGAUGGACGGACAGCCACCUGCAGUUGUGCUGUGGGAUAUUCUGGAAGCUUCUGCGAGAUUGCAUUGGAUCUUUGCGAUCCAAAUCCCUGCCCACAGGGAGGGGAAUGCCAAAGCGUAGAGGGCAGGUACAUGUGUGCUUGUCCUGAGGGUUACCAUGGUAGAGAGUGUGUGAGUCUCAGAAGUCCUUGCAUGGGGCAGCACUGUCAAGGAGCUGUGUCCGACACAACCAAUGGGAGCCUCAGCUUCUACAUGAUCCUGCUCGGAGUCUUGGCUCUAGUGACCGUGUGUGGCUGUGCUGCUUGUGCGUUCAUCUUUUCACACCUCCACCGCACGCGGAAAAAACAGCAGGCGGAUGUCCCUCAAGAAGAGGGCAUCAACAACCAGAGGGAGCUGGUCAACCUCAUACGAAACGUGGACCGUCCUGCUCCCCUGCUGCCUCCUGCAGCUCCUCCCACUCAACCUCCACCUCCCACCCCUUGCUAUGAAGAGAUUGAAUUGACAUUGCCCCCCUCCCCGGCUCUCUCACAGCCCUCACCAGCACUAAAGCCAGCCCACGCUCCCAAACUGGACAUUUCAAACCGAGAAAGGGAGAAGUUGAACCGUUUCAACCAUACAGACAAUCAGGAGCUGGAGGUUUGACCCUGUCCCAGACCUCUGAGGAACUUUUCUGAAACUAUUUUGCAUCUGUAGCACUUUUUUUGCUCACAGGACCCCAUCUCCAGUUACUUGCACUAUAAGUCAACUGAAACGGCCUGAGAGGUCCCUGAACUCAGAUGGCUACCGACAGACGUGAGGAGCUUAAGCUGCUAAAUGGUAGGAUCAGAAGACUUACUAUGAUGUCAUCUUUCACGCCACUUGGAAGGCCAUAAGAAGCAGUAGGUGUGCGACGCUUGACUGAAAAAUAUAAACACUUACCUUAGUGUGCCUGACAUACUGUCAACAGCAACAGAAGAGCCUCCUCUGCAGGAUAUUUGUAAAGUUUGUCUUGGUCCACGACGCCAACCGAUGGCUCAUUUCUAUCUAGACUGAAGUUUGACAAACAAACGAUGAAUUAAUGUCUAUUUAACUAUUUUUGUUCUUGGCUGUGUGUGCAAGGAUGCUUGAAAGUGAAAGAAUGUAUAUAAUGUGUGUGUGUCAUAAAAAAAACGUGUUGUUUGAGUAAGAUCGAACAAUGUUGUCGAUAAAGAAGUUCAUGUUUCUGAACGGUGGGCUUUGAAGCCUUCACUUUUAAUUCUAAACACUGUUGCCUGCUUUUUUUUCUCCGUAAUACUGCAGUUUGUUGAAGAUGUUUUUUUCUUCAUCUUUUUAAAAUUACUCUGUAAAAUAGCUUUUUGUACAGAAACACAUUGUAUAUAUUGAGACUCUUUUUGUACUGUGUUCUGUCUAGAAGUAUCCUUUUUUUACUUUGCUUUUUUGUCCCAUCACACUUUCAAUUUGGAGCAAACAGCACAUGUGUCUUGUAAUAAAAGUGCAUUUAACAACUUUA